AUGGCAAUGAAUCCCAAAGGCUUUACUUUGCGGAUGAUUCACAAAGACUCUGAAGAAUCACCCUUUUUCAACCCUCUUGAUCAUUUGAUCACACAAGAUGAAAGAUUUCAAACCCUCAUCGACCAAUCCAGAGCUCGAGCACGACACAUUGCUUCAAAAAUAGAUCCUGAUAUUGAUGUGCCGGUGGUUUACGAUGAAGGAACAUUUUACUACGCUGCACAUGUACGUAUAGGUACAUUUCCUGAUAUACAGCCACCAUUCAUGAAUUACUAUUUCUUGAUUGAUUCAGGUAGUGAUCUUACUUGGCUUCAAUGCGAAGGUGCGACACAAUUUUUCAAUCAAGAUUCGCCUCUUUAUCCUUGGAAUAAUUCACAAUCAUAUAUUCCUGCUGGUUGCCAGGAUCCUAGUCCUGGCUGCGAUAGAUGCGAUGGCUACGGCCAAUGUGUUUACACAUUAUCUUAUGGGAGUUCUCAAGUUACAUCUGGUGUUAUUGCCAAAGAAAACUUCACUUUUACUGGAGGCCAUGAAACUAUUCAACUAUUAAUGGGCUGUGGUUUACGCCAAGCAAAUUUUACCAUGGGUGAUAACGGAAGUAAAGGGAAACCUGAUCUUAUCGCAGGAAUCAUUGGUUUAGGAAGAGGUCCACGCUCUUUCGUAACCCAAUUAGGUCCUCGUGGAGGUAAAUUUUCCUACUGCUUUGAGAAAUAUAGCGGGGGAAACACAUAUUUAAAUUUUGGUGCAGAUGCCACGAUUGGAGGCCAAGUUCGCACAACUCCCAUGGUACGAACCAACUUUGUGACAUCGUAUUAUUACUUGAAUCUUGUGGGUAUCAGCGUGGGUGGUGAUAGAGUGCCAAUUCCAAGUAGUGAAUUUGAGAUUAACCAAGAUGAUCAAACUAGCGGUUGCAUCAUAGAUUCGGGGGCUCCAUGGACGACCAUGUAUAGAAACAUUUUUGAUAGAGUUGCACAGUCUGUAGAGGAUUAUUUUCUGAGUAAUAAUGGUAUGCGUCGUGCAGGGUUUACCGGAAGCUGGGUUUGUUUCAUUCCUAUACUUGGAAAAGAGUAUACAAAACCCAUCAUAAUAUUUCAUUUUGAACAGGCUGAUUAUGUUGUUUCAGAGACUUGGUUUGAGAGGCAAGGAAAUAUUUGUUUAGCAAUGGUUAGUUCGGAUUCUAAUACGCCGGCUGUGCUUUUAGGAGCAUUCCAACAGGUUAAUAAGAGGAUUUUGUAUGAUAAUAUGGAUAUGUCGCUCUCAUUUGUAGAUGAGAACUGCUGA